AUGUUUUGUGAAGACCAACCGAUGGAGUGGGCUUCCAGCUUCAGGAGCCAUCUGGCUCAGGUUCAUCCACCAGUGGGAUCACAGAGGCAGCUGGGGCUAGGAUCCGCUCUGUCAACAUCAGCAUACCUGGACCACCCUCUCACUUCAUUUGCUCUGGAUUUAUUCUUCUUCCUUAAAUCUGAUCAAGAGAUGGAGAACAAUCACACCUUCCUGUACUUUGCAUAUGGUAGUAACCUGCUGAAGGAGCGGCUCCAGCUCAAGAACCCCUCUGCAACAGUGCACUGCGUGGCCAGGCUCAAGGACUAUAAAUUGGUUUUUGGGAACCACAAAGGCCUUGCCAGUGACCGGUGGCAUGGAGGUGUGGCCACCAUAGAGCGCAGCCCUGGAGACGAGGUCUGGGGCGUUGUAUGGAGGAUGAACGUAACCGAUCUCGAGUCACUAGAUAGUCAAGAGAAUGUGACAUUAGGUACUUACAGUCCUGUGGAGUUAUCGGUGAAGACCAAGGGCCAGGAGCUCAACUGUCGCACCUACAUAAUGAACAGCUGUGUGUACGCCCCUCCCUCACCACAGUACCUACAGGUAAUUGUGAUGGGAGCAGAGCAGAAUGGCUUGCCAAAGGACUACCAGGAGAAACUGCGAGCAGUGAAGACCAACAUGUAUGAGGGACCCUUACCCAUGAUGGAUGAGCUAGAGCGAGCCCGAGGGAGGCUCAGGGACACAGCUGAGUCCCAUGCUCUUCCCUGAUAUCAAACUAGGUCUCAGUCCAUUUCAGAUGCUGGAAGUCCAAACCUGUAACAACUCUGUGAAUGAACAACUUUUACCUUCAUUUGUUACUUUGUGGCAUGGCUUAACUUGAAUGCAGUUUCCAGCCACUGACAGGAUGUAGCUUUGCUGCUUUGACCUGAGUUGCUUGUUUCAUUCGUGAGCAUUGCAGUUUAUCAGAGGUGUGAGAGGCAGCUGCAGCUGGGCGUAAUAGGCCACAACAAACUGUUUAAAACAACUCCACGCUCAUACCCUUCCCUUGAUUAUAGUUUUAUUGGGUGCAUAAGUUUGUUGUUGGAGUCGAUCCAGAAGGGCACGAAGAAAUGAUGUUUUAGUUCACUCCUUUAUCUCACAAAAUGUAAUAAUGCUUCUAUUUUUAAACUGACAAGAUUAAAAUGAAUAUCAGCCCUGACACAAGAGAAAAAAAGGGAGGAUUACUGAGGGCAAAAAACAAAAAUUGGAAAAACUAAUGAUAAAAAAGCUUUCUCAGUCCUCAGAAUAAUGCUAAAGGGCACUUUGGUGCAUUGAACAAAGGCUCUCAUAAUUAGAGCUGCGUGUCUAAAGAA